AUGAAACGGGCGACUACUACAACUUCUACGACAACAGCGUACAAUCCAUUGGCUGUACAACGUCUUGAAGAUCUUCAAAAAUCGCCAACAGAAUUAAUACAAGAAUCAAAAAUGAAUGCAUCUGACUUUAUUUUUG